AUGGUACGAACAUGGUAUAUGGAUGAUCGAACAGAAGAUCCACAGGAUGAACAUUUAUUAGAAGAAGUUGAUACGACAACAUUAUGUGCACGUACAGGUGUUGAAAUAUGGUAUUUUCAUCCGGAUCAAACUCUUGCUGGAAAUGAAAGUCCAUCAUUAAUUAAAUUAAAACAUGAUCGAGGAUAUACAUAUGAAGAUGAAAUUAAAGUUGCACCAUCUAUGGAGAAUUAUGAAGAAAAAUUAAAAAUUUUCUUUGCUGAACAUAUUCAUUCUGAUGAAGAAAUUCGUCUUAUACUUGAAGGUUCUGGUUUUUUUGAUGUACGAGAUCAUAAUGAUAAAUGGAUGAGAAUUCAUGUUUUUCCUGGAGAUUUAAUUAUUUUACCUGCUGGAAUGUAUCAUCGAUUUAUAACUGAUAAACAUAAUUAUAUUCGUGCUAGACGUUUUUUUGUUGGUGAACCUGUUUGGACUCCAAUUAAUCGACCUGAUGGUGAUAUACAUCCAUCUCGUAAAACUUAUAUUGAACAUCUUUAUCGUAAUGGUGCUAUUGAUACAAACAAGAAUAUUACUGAUGCUAUCUCAUAG